AUGGUUUGGUGGGGACUUUCAUCAUGUACAACAGCACUCACUGUUCUACAAUCAGAACAGUUUCUUGGUCAAACUGGCGACCGUACUUUGUUCAUGAUUGAAUGUAUCAACGGUAAAGUAAUACAAAAUCAUUCUUAUUAUGUAUCGGAAUAUGAAGGGUGUGGGUGUGGGUGUGCGGAUGGAUGUGUGAUAAGUCUUCAUCUACACCCACAUGACACUCACACCCACACCCACACCCACACCCACACCCACACCCACACCCACACCCACACCCACACCCA